AUGGGCAGGCAGAGGAAGAGGGUGGUGACAAGUGACGCUCCUCCCCAUUCAAGGAGAGACGAGAGGCCCUCUGCGUUUAAUCGCAAAGAGAAAAAAAAGAAAACCGAUAUUGGGAAAGUGUUCAUCAACAUCUCCAUUGGGCUCUGCAUAUUCAGUCUUAUCUGGUUCUUUUAUGCCCUCUACAUGCGGUCCAGCCUGUCGAAACGCGUGGUGACUCUGCAUCCAUCACCUCGUGUCCUCGACGCCAACAGCACCACUGCGAAAGUUUCCUCGGAGAGGUUCUGGGGCUCCUACAGGCCUCAGGUCUACUUUGGCAUGAAAACGAGAAGCCCAAGGUCCAUUCUGACAGGGAUGAUGUGGAUGCGUCAGUUUUCCAACUCUGACAUGAACCUUAGGCAUACUUGUGAGCAAGGCGAUCAUUUGCAGGGCUAUGGAUGGCUGAUGCAUGACGGACUGACGUUUGGCGUCCAGGAAAUUCGAGAUAAUGAUUUCACACUGACCACUGAGUUUGUUAAGCGGAUUGGUGGGGACCAUGGAGGAGACUGGACCUGGAGGAUCACAGCCAAACAACAUAGCUCUGCCCCCCAGCCUCCAGUCAUAUCGCUGAUGUUCUACGCAGCAGCAGACACACAGGGAUCGCUCCAUACUCACAUGGAGGAGAGGAACCGCCUGGCUUCCAUCACUGGUUUCUCAGAGGAACUUGGAAACUUUAAGAUCACUUUCAGAAAGCCUGUGACUGGGGAGCUAUCGAGCCCAAAAUAUGCCAGUUACAACUACCUUCAGACUCUGUCCCCUGGCUUGGAGAAGCUGACUGAUAUUGUGAAGCUGAGCCUGAACCGCAGGUUUGUCUACAGCCCUCCGUCUGGUGAGAAGAGGCACUACAUCGGCGUGGACACCUACAAACCCCAUCACCACCAGAACCAGCAGAAACAUGCUGACCCCCGGAAAGAGGGGGAUUUUGUGGUCCACCAGGUUACUGUUCAGACACCUUUCCAGAUUGAAGUUUUGUUUGAGUCUGGAAGCUUCACCAAUCGUCCAAACCAACUUGUUGGUUCCAUCAUGACUCAGGAGCUGGAGAAGAGGAAAGCUGAGUUUAAUUUGAAGUUUGAGAAGAUUUUUGGACUAGAGAGUAAAGGUUUUAGCCAAACGCACAUAAAAUUUGCCAAAGCGGCGCUCAGCAACAUGUUGGGUGGAAUGGGUUACUUUUACGGCGAGUCUGUGGUACAGUCGGUAUACAACGAAUAUCCUCUCCUGUACCCUGAAGGUGCUUUAUUCACUGCUGUACCAUCACGCUCUUUCUUUCCCAGAGGCUUCCUCUGGGAUGAGGGAUUUCACCAGUUGCUGCUGAGUAAGUGGGAUCCCCAGCUGACCAGAGAGGCCAUCGGCCACUGGUUUGACCUGAUGAACAUCGAGGGCUGGAUCCCCCGUGAGCAGAUUCUUGGAGAUGAGGCUCGCAGUAAAGUCCCUGCAGAGUUUAUCGUUCAGCGGAACGAGAACGCAAACCCACCUACGCUCUUCUUAGCCCUGCAGGAACUAAUUGAACAGCUCACUUCAAGGUCAGAUGAGGCAGUGUCUAAACCAACCCUGCCUUUCCUUCGAAGGCUCUUCCCAAGGCUUAAAACCUGGUUUGAAUGGUACAAUACCACACAGACGGGGCCAAAACCCAAUUCCUACCGCUGGCGUGGACGAGACAAAGACACCAACCUGUACCUCAAUCCUAAAACCUUAACCUCCGGACUGGAUGACUACCCCCGGGCCUCGCAUCCGUCAGCAGACGAGCGGCAUGUGGAUUUGCACUGCUGGAUGGCAUUGUCCUCAGGCAUCAUGGCUAGCAUAGCGCAACUUUUAGGUGAGCCCCAUGAGGACUAUAAACUCCAACACAAUGUGCUUACAGACAACAACCUGCUGGACGACCUCCACUGGUCAGAACAACUCCAUGCUUACAGUGACUAUGGCAACCACACCCAGAAUGUCUCCUUGCAGCGGGAGAAGGUAUACGUACCUCCCGGACAGCCUCGCCAUCAGUUCCCCGUGGCACGACUGGUGCGCUCCGUACGCAGGGCCCCUAAGCUGCAGUACGUCAACGCUCUGGGUUAUGUCAGCUUGUUCCCCUUCCUACUCCAAAUCCUCCAGCCGGACUCGUCCAAACUGGAACACAUCCUCCGAGACAUGAGAGACCCUAACAAGCUGUGGACGCCCUUUGGCCUGCGCUCUCUUUCCAAGACCGAUCCUCUUUACAUGGAGCGGAACACAGAGCAUGACCCCCCCUACUGGAGGGGACCGGUUUGGAUAAAUAUCAACUACCUGGCAGUCAGAGCCCUCUACCACUACGGCAACACAGAAGGGCCAUACCAAGAGAAGGCAGCUGCCCUGUAUAAGGAACUCAGGACUAACAUUAUAAACAAUGUUUAUUCACAGUAUGUUGAAACAGGGUAUGUCUGGGAACAGUACAGCGACAGUACCGGCAGGGGCCAAGGAAGCCACCCCUUCACCGGCUGGUCGUCCUUGACUGUAUUAAUGAUGGCCGAACAUUACUGAUAUCUUUGUUGCUAUGAUUGAGACAGCAUCAGCAAGUUUUUAUUUCUGUGCUACCAGAAAUUAAAACAGAAAUUAUAUCUUUCAUCAUCACAAAAAAACAACCCUUCAGUAAAAUAAUAGAUGUAUGUUUCCAUUUUGGAGAUUAUUUUACCAGGCAUAAAGUACACCUUUUGCCAUGCAGUUGGGCCCAGAAUUAUUCAUACCCCUAGGAGAUGAGUUAUUUAAUUAAGUUUUCUAAUUUGAUAAGAGACAGAUGUCUCUCAAGUAAAGCAAAUAAAAGCAUAACAGGUAUUUAUCAUUGAUGAGGAAAUUCAUGUCUUUGAAACCCUAAACAUCUCCAUAAAUUUUAUCCUCCUCCAUUUAUUCUCUGGUAGAUGGAAAUAAAUCUAAUCUGCCAGGAGUAUGGAUAAGUAGGGGUAUAACUGAAUGCAAUCUUCACACAUCUAUACCCUUAACCUUAUUAAGUUUUGGAAAAUCAGGGAUAGUUAUUUAAAAAAAGAAAUAUAAUGGCUUUAAAAAGAAAACUUAUUACGGUUAAUUAUCCGAUUGAAAAAGUGAAAAUUAUUUAGUACAGAUGCAUUACUGACAUGCUUCUAGUAUUUGUAGUAAACUGAACCCCUUUUUGCUCAGUACUAAGGAAAAUCCCCAAAUUAAAUUUCCCUAAAAACAAGAAAAUAACAUUUCUAAUAUUUUUAAUAGAAAUGUGUUAGCCAACUAAAAAGUGUGUCCAUGUGAUGUACAAUAUAUGCUUUAACAUUUGGUCAAAUUUGUAGCAGGGAUUUCUGCAUCAUGGAGGUGAUAAUCCUGUAGCUCUAUAGUAUGAAGGGAGUCCAGGCUGGUCUAAUGUGGCCUUUACCUUCUCUACAUUAUUGGGUCUCAAUAAUUGGCUUCUAUGUCGUUCCAGUUUGCUAGCAUAUCAGUUUAGACAGGACAUUUUAAUCUGGACUUCAAGCAAUUUGGGUUCUUAAUUUGGCCUCUUCACCCACACUCAGAAACUUUGAUUUGUAAAUUAAAUAAACAUUUAGCUUUAAUCUUUAAACCGGCAUCUAAAGACAACGUCUCAGUCGUUUUUCUCCUAUGCCCAGGUAAGACAUUUCUAACUAGGGCUGCACGAUUAUCACGACUGAUUCUUAUGACAAUAUUUACCAGUAUUAACAUGAUUUCUAUUGUGAAACCCUAAUUCCUACAUUGUCUAAGGAUUUAUAUUGGCAUAGUAAAAAAAAAUGCUAUUAUGCUCUCUAAACACACCAAUUUCUGCAGCAUUUUAAAUCCCAAACCUCUAAAACGAGCACAGGUUACCUCUUGUUGGCACACGUUUUUAAUCACCCUUCAUUCUUCCACUCAACUUUCCUAUGAUAUACUGAGACGCUGCGAUCAGGCAGCUUCUUUUGUAAUGACCUAAGACUUCUUCUGGAGGGCGUCGGUGAGAGAAAAAAACCAUCAAGUCGGCAGCCUUUAUUGUGAUCUUGUGUUCAUAACACAGCUGUAACAUCUUUUUUAAUUUGUCAAAU